AUGGCUAUUGCUGGCGCACAACGUAAACAGGUCCUCAAGGUGUUGAUGAUCUCGCUGCUGCUAGAUCUGAUCUCCUUUACAUUCAUUCUACCACUCUUUCCGUCGCUAUUGUCCUUCUAUCGUGCUCAGGACCCAUCGCCAGAUUCCCUCCUCAAUCGUAUCUUCCAUUACUUGAAUGCCUACAAGAACUCCUUCGCCCGCCCCAUCGACUCGCGCUAUGACAUCGUUCUCCUCGGCGGAGCUCUCGGCUCCCUCUUUUCCAUGCUCCAGGCCGUUGUGGCCCCGGUAAUCGGUCACCUGUCCGAUACACAUGGCCGUCGCCGCACUUUACUCUGGGCAAUGAUCGGAAACCUCCUCAGCGUCACACUCUGGGUCUCCGCAACGGAUUUCCGUACCUUCUUGGCUAGUCGUGUGGUCGGAGGUCUCAGUGAAGCAAAUGUGCAAUUGGCCAAUGCUAUCGUCGCGGAUGUCACUGAUGAAGCGCACCGUGGCGCAUCUAUGGCCCUGGUUGGCGCUUGCUUUAGCGUUGCCUUUACCUUUGGUCCGUUGCUGGGUGCCGGUCUGAGCUCAAUUGAGAUCGUCGCGGCGAAUCCAUUCAUUACCGCGGCUCUAAUGUCACUCGUGUUGAUUUUCGCGGAGACUGUUUACCUAUGGGCUUGUCUCCCUGAGACCCAUCCGCGACUUACCACCCUGAAGCAGGAGACCGAGACCGAGAAUGAGAAUGAGGAAUCGGCCAAGAAAACCGCGGCGAAGAAGAAGGAGUCUCCUUCCGCUCAGAAACCGCACACUAAUAACCCAGCUAUCCUCAAUGCUAUCCACUUUCUCUUCCUGCUGCCCUUCUCGGGUCUUGAGUUCUCUCUUCCCUUCUUGACCGCUACGCUCUAUGCUGGGACCACAACUGCCAGCCCUGCAGCUCUGAACGGCCGCCUUCUCUCCAUGAUGGGUCUUAUUGCCUCUCUUCUUCAGGGCACCCUCGUCCGUCGUUUGCCUCCGCUAGUCACUGUUCGCGCCGGCGUGGUCGCUUGCGCCAUGUCCUUUUUCUGUCUUGCUCGCAUCUCCUCCGUAUCAGGCCUCUAUGCGGCUGGUGCUAUGCUUGCCAUCACAACAGCCACUGUCGUGACGGGACUCAACAGCUUGGGUAGCUUCGAGGCAAGGGACGCAAAUCGUGGUGCUGUUAUGGGCCGCCUUCGUGGCUGGGGCCAGGCAGGACGAGCUACUGGUCCUAUUCUUUUCUGCACUUUAUUCUGGUGGGCCGGUCGUGAGGCCGCAUUCACUGUUGGUGGUGUUGCGAUGUGCAUCGUAGCAGUUGGAGUCUUUGGUUUCUUGAAGUCGCCCCAUGUUCACUCGAAGACGGAGUGA